CCUGUGUUGACGCCGGUGGUGGAGUUUUAACGUUGAACAGCUGACCAGAAAACAAGUCUGCUGUGAAAUGAAUUUUAUUGGCGGUGUUGUGCUUCACCAGUGGACAGAGGCAGCAGCGAGUGAGUCUACAGCACUGAGAAUUAUCUCUAGACUAUGGCUUUAAUACAAACACAACCUGCUUUCCACCCAUAACAACCACCAGUAAAACUUUCUGUAAAACAAUAUAUUCCCUCAACUUCUUCUUCCCCUUGCAUUUCCUAUUAUCCCCGCAUCUCUUUGUGACUAUCCUUUAUUCUGACCAUGAAAAUGGACAACACAGAGCCAGUGCAGCCAAGUCUAAACUCCUCCUAUCUUCCAACUGCUCUUGGCAACCAUGACAUUUCUGAGGAUGAGGCUAGCGAUGACCAGAGUCCCUCUGCAUCCCUCCUGCCAAAGCAUUCAUCAGUACCUCUGGCUGUGCGCUACAGCCCAGAAGACAAUUAUUGUUUGGUGUAUAUGAUCUUCUUUUUGAUGGGAAUUGGCUCUUUGUUGCCCUGGAAUUUCUUUAUAACAGCCAAACACUACUGGCUGUACAAACUGAGUAACAACACACAUCACAGUGGACAUGAAGAGGAACGUUCAGACCUCAGUGACUACUUUGAGAGUUAUCUGGCUAUUGCUUCCACUGUGCCAUCUGUUCUCUGUCUGAUUCUCAACUAUGUCCUUGUCAACAGGUUGUCCUCUAAUGUGAGGAUCCUGUCGUCUCUCACCGUGAUCCUCCUGGUGUUUGUAGUGACCACGGUGCUGGUCAAAGUGGACAUGUCAGACUGUAGGCUGGGGUUCUUUAUCAGUACGCUGGUCAGUGUAGCUGUCGUCAGCGGUGCCUCCAACCUGUUCUCCGGCAGCGUGUUUGGAAUCAGCGGACAUUUUCCCAUGAGGAUCUCUCAGGCCCUUAUAUCUGGUCAGGCCAUGGGAGGCACGCUGAGUGCAGUGGCAUCAAUAGUAGAUUUGGCAGCAGCUAAAGAUGUUACAGACAGUGCUUUGGCCUAUUUCCUGACUGCAGACAUCUUCAUCCUGCUCUGCAUCAUCGCUUAUCUACUGUUACCCAAACUGGAAUAUUCACGACAUUACAUGCUGGCUGCCACAUGCACCAGUCCAGGAAUGAUAAGUGAAGGGGAAGCAGCUUCAGGCGCAAGAAGCAAAGUGUCUGUCCCGCCCCUGCAGCCUAUUCUCAGGAAAACAUGGGUCCUGGGCCUAAGCGUCUUCUAUGUCUUCUGCAUCUCUAUUAUGGUGUUCCCUGCUGUAUCCUCGGGGAUCCAAUCUGUCAGUAAGGACAGUGGCAGCCCAUGGACUACCACAUACUUUGUGCCCCUCACCAGUUUCCUUCUGUACAAUGUUGCAGACUUCUGUGGCAGACAGGCCACAGCCUGGCUGCAGGUCCCUGGACCCACCAGCCGAGUUCUGCCAGCACUGGUGCUGUGUCGCUCUGCCAUCGUUCCGCUACUAAUGUUCUGCAACUACCAGCCAAGGGACCACCUCCACACUGUGUUGUUCACACAUGAUGUGUAUCCCAUUGUGUUUAACUGCCUGCUCGGCCUCUCUAAUGGCUACCUUGGCACUCUGCCGAUGAUUUAUGGCCCAAAGGUGGUACCAAGAGAGCUGGCAGAGGCUACAGGAGUGGUCAUGUCCUUCUUCCUCACGCUGGGACUGGCUGUUGGAUCUGCUUUCUCUGUGCUUAUUGUGCACUGCAUCUAAACAUGCUGUGCAAUAACUCAAUCAUACAGUGGUAUAGUUGAGCUAUACAGUGGGCUGUAACUGAAAGAUUGUAGGUACACAUCCAGCAGAUGAAUACCAGGACUUUAAAACACUGUAUGUUAACAUGUACUGGUCAAAUCAUGUGUCUGUCUCAGGGGGGAGGUGCACAUAAACUUCACACUAGUACAUUUGAUAAAGACGCCUUAACUCCUCUGUUCUGUCUUACCUCUUAUUCAUGUGCAUCAUGUUUACACUAAUGUGGCUCAUGACGAGAGCCAAGAGUUGUGACUACUGUGGCUGGGUGUUUAGCUUCCGGAUACAUUCUUUUUUUGAUACUUGUUUGGAAUAAAGUGGACCUUUGUGCCAAAUUAGUUCA